UUUUUUACACAAAAAUUUCUCACCGUAUAUCUUUGGUCUUUCUGGAGCACGCGUAAGAAUAUCUUGUUAUUGCUCUUGCUCAAACAAAAUGGUCUUUCUCAAAUCAAUAAAGCUAUUUUUAGUUUUUAAAAGCCAAAAAAAUUUACAUUUGUAUAUCGUCUUCAUUUUUUAAGACUUGACAUACUCACAGCUUAAAGAAAAAUGGAGAUACCAGUUGAAAUAGUAUUAGUAAUCUCAAUUAGUUUCAGCCACCAUCUUGGUAUCUUUCUGGCGGGUUCUAGACUGGGUUUGGUUGAGGCCAAAGAAGCUUGAAAGAUGUCUGCGGCAGCAAGGUCUCGACGGCAACCCUUAUCGAUUUCUCUAUGGAGACACCAUAGAAAAUUCCGAGAUGAUAAGACGAGCAAGAUCCAAACCAAUCAGUUUAAGUGACGAUAUUGCAUCGUAUGUCACUCCAUUCUUGUGUCAGACGGUCAAGAAUUAUGGGAAGAAUUCUUUUGCUUGGUUUGGACCAAGGCCAAGAGUGACUUUAAUGAAUCCAGGGCUGAUUAAAGAUGUGUUAACCAAAAUUUAUGAUUUCCGUAAACCAAAUACAAAUCCUCUAACCAGAGUUCUGGUGACCGGACUCGUAAAUCAUGAGGAAGAGAAAUGGGCUAAACAUAGAAGGAUUAUUAAUCCAGCAUUUCAUCUUAAAAAAUUGGAGAAUAUGGUUCCUGCAUUCCACCAAAGUUGUAGUGAAAUGAUCAGCAAAUGGGAGGAGAUGGUAUCUAAUGAGGGAUGGUGCGAGUUAGAUGUGUGGCCUUGUCUUGUAAACUUGACAAGCGAUGUGAUUUCUCGAGCAGCAUUUGGUAGCAGCUACGAAGAAGGCAAGAGAAUUUUUCACCUCAUAGACCAACUUCGCUAUCUCACGCAACAACUUAUACAAUCUGUUUACAUUCCCGGGUGGAGGUUUCUACCAACUAAACUUAACAAGAAGCUAAAGGCAUGUGACACAGAGAUAAGGUGUUCGCUAAAAGGGGUCAUCAAUAAACGAGAGAAGGCCAUGAAAGCAGGGGAGGUUGAUAAUGAUGAUUUACUGGGUACAUUAAUGGAAGCAAAUUCUAGAGAGAUUCAAGAAAAUGGUGGUGGUACUGGAAUGAGCCUUACAGAUGUGAUAGAUGAGUGUAAGAUAUUUUACUUUGCUGGUCAAGAAACCACAUCUGUAUUGCUUGUUUGGACAAUGGUUCUUUUAGCCCAUCACCCAAUUUGGCAAUCUCGUGCUAGAGAAGAAGUUCUCCGAGUUUUUGGUCACAACAAACCCGACUUUAAUGGAUUGAAUCGUCUUAAAAUUGUGACCAUGAUUUUGUACGAGGUUCUGAGAUUAUAUCCACCGGCUGUGCAGCUUAUUCGAUUAGUUGGGAAAGAAACGAAACUGGGUAACUUGGUACUACCAGCUGGUGUUGAAAUCAGCAUUCCGAAUAUCCUGAUUCAUCGUGAUCCAGAACUGUGGGGUGAUGAUGCCGGGGAGUUCAAACCAGAGAGGUUUGCAGAAGGAGUUUCAAUGGCGACAAAGAACCAAAGCUCGUUCCUUCCAUUUUCAUCGGGUCCAAGAAUCUGUAUUGGUCAGAAUUUUGCGAUGAUGGAAGCAAAGAUAGCUCUGGCAAUGAUCCUGCAACACUUCGAGUUUGAGUUAUCCUCAACUUAUACUCAUUCACCCGUUCUGGUUUUAACCGCGCAUCCACAGUAUGGUGCUAAUAUGAUUUUACGUAAGCUCUAAUGCUAUAAAUCAGAAAGUAAAUAUUAUGAUACCGACAAAGAUAUCAAAUACGGUGCUUUUUGGAAGUUUAUCAUAUUUAAGUUUCAUUUUGUAAGCAAGAACAUUAUCUUGUUAGUUAUAAUAAAUGUCUGAGAACAUGGCCAUCAAUAUGUA